AAUUGAACUAAGUUUAAAUUAUGAUAUCUCGUGAUUUAGAAUAAAAUGGUUUGAAGUGCACAAAUAUUAACGGAAUCAAUAUGAUCAGACCUGGCUUUCUAGGCCUCAUAUUCUUCGGGUUUAGCUUUAGUUUGGUGACUGGAUUGAAAACUGCAGGGAUUGGAGAAAAUGUAACAUUUGAAUGCACAUCGGAGAAUAAAUGGUUUUUUUGUUUGUGGCGAACACCAGAUGGGGGUAAGGUGUGUGCUAUUAAUGAAACAGGAUCUUAUUCUACCGUUUGUUCAGGAUCACAGGGUAUGUCGAUUUCUGGAGACAGUACUUCGUGUCGACUGUCGAUAAAUAAUUUGUCGACAGUACACACUGGUACCUUCAUUUGUCUGUUAAACCAGGCUGAGACGUUUGUAACGAGCAGAGCAAGUUUUGACCUGCUGGUGGCCCAGCCCGCCAACCUGUACAUUGGAGUACAUAAUCAGCUGUACACAAACCUGUCAUCGAUAGAUGUAGUUGAGGGUGAGAGUAUAGAUGUACAGUGUACAGCUAAGGAUGGUGUACCCUCUGCAGCAGUGUACUGGCAGUACCCGGGAGAGAAAUUAAAGGAAGUAGGGAGCGGAAGUCCAAGUUCAACUCUCAGGUAUUCAGGACGAGUAGAGGAUGAUGGUGAAAUUCUAGUCUGCUCAGCUGGUCAGCUUGAUGAUUCAAACCUACCUCUAUACUCAACACAGAUCAAUACAAUCAUCCGUAUCAUUCAACCCUCACCCCUUUCAUCCUCAGUUGCUAGCAGCAUCAACAUCAUCAUCCUCAUCAUCUCCAUCAUCAUCGUUCUCAUCUUCAUCAUUGUCUUUGUCAUCAUAUUCGCCGUUGUAAAGCAGAAGAAGAAGAAGGGUGAGCGGAGAUCAAUCGAUCAAUCAACUUGGACCAGUAAUACUCCUAGCCGCUGCGCUGUACAUCCUUUACAUUCAGCUCAAUGUGAAGAUAAAUACAAGGUUUGUAGUGCUGAGAUACAUUCUAGUUCAUCCUCAAACUCAUCUGCAGAUACUUCCACAGAUACAAAUACUAGCUUGGAUACAGAAAAGUCUAUUGGUGAAGUUGAAGACAAUGUUUCCUUUAGUCCAACAUUUAAGUAUACAGGUUAUCAGAGCUUUAACAAGUACGACAAUGUAGUCGAGAGCUCAGAGAUCAAUGGGAGUACAAAGGAAGAAUUUAAACCAAAGAGACUAGGUCACUUUGAUCCUUCUGUAAAUGUUCACGAUGUUACAAGACCCAAUACGGGAAACAGCAGUUUAUAUACUGCAGGGAGCCGGAGGAACAGCAGUAAAGAGAUAAACAGGAGAUUGAAGAGAAAUAGCUUAGAAACAGCUGAAGAAACAGCAGAGAACCUAGAACAGAUAUUAGGGGUCGCUAGGAUACAUCUAGGGUGUCGAGGGCGUGUCUACCCCGCCCAGCAAGUCACUAAUAAACCAGUCCUCCAACCUAUAAAUCCCUCCAACCUACCUCCGAUAGAUAUUGAAGAUGGUAGAGCUACAGCUAGUGUGUUCGACUGUCAAUUAGGAUGCUUCUCCCCUGAUCAUCAGCAUACCGAAUCAAAGAACUGCGGAUAAAGUAAAGGUUUUGGUUUGUAAAAUUUAACUCAAUCAAAAGUAGAGUCUGGAGAUGAACCUAGGAUAAACCAAAUUAUUAUUUUCAAAACUGUGUUGACAAAAUUUUAAAUGCCAAAAAUAUUGUUAUCAGUAUAAUCUGCCAUCUUUUAUUAAAAUAUAUUGUUAAGCUGUAUGUGUUAUUUAGCUAUUUUAUAUAGA